GGGCGACACCUGCUGGACAAACACAGACACGACAGAAAGAGGAAAGGAGCAGGUGAUCAGACAAACAGCUUCUUAUAUUAUGUUUCAUAAAAACAUGGAAACAAAACAAUGGGAUGUAACGACCACUGACUGGCUGAGACCCAGUCUAACACACCUUUAUUUACACUGGGGGGAGACACAUGAACAAAUCAAAUCACACACAAAAGAAGACCUCUCCAGUUAACCCAUUUAUACCCAGUGUCCAAGAUGAAGAAUAGAAAUACUAACGGAUAUCCAGUGUUCAGCUACACAUUAGUCCUCAGGUCUGUCAGUAUACAGUCCACUUCCCUGAACUUGUUGGGCUUCUUCUAUGUGUGAGCGUCUCUUCUUCUUCACUGUGAGCCUCAUCUUCCUCCUCUGACUGUUUCUGCUGCAGAGGUCAAACCCUUCACAUCUGUCUCUGACCUGCAGUGUAAACAGCAGUAACAGUAACUUCCCUCCUCCAGAGCAAAGUAGUGAUUCCUCUUCAUUUAGCCACCUUCUCCCUUAAAGUGGCCGUGUCACUCGACUCCCAAGAGAACACAGAAAACAUACAGCACAGCAAACUACCAAUACUGGUGAAGGAUGUUCAUAGAAUCCUCUACAAUAUCUUUUACUACAGACGGUAACGACGCUCCGUCCUUACAGAGGUUUUCUGUCGCUUGAUUUUUCUCAGAUUGGUUUUGUGCACUCACUCAGUGAACACGGUUUGUUAUUCAGACCUGGUUAGAGCAGAAAAGCAGAAAGAAUGGAUUGUUAGUUGUGGAACUGCAAUAAGAAAAUAUUCUUCAAAACUUUAGUUAAAUCCUGACGACAGAUAUUACACUGUGGUGAUAACCGCUCAUGUUACCAUCACUGAUGCAGUCAAGCAGAGCAACACAUUGCUGUCUCUGCUUUAUCUGACAGUGUCUUUCUCCAUCCUACCAUCAGAUGGCACCAAAGUAAAAGCAGAAAGCAAUAAGGACAGGUGACAUGCAAUUACACUUUCACAGUAUCUUACCUGAAGACACAGUGAAGGAGCUUCAGUAGAUGAGAAACACUUCACUGUGCUGAGUUGUCAACAGUGUGAUGUGGGUGUGGUUUGGUGCAUGAAGCUUUUAUACCAGGUAGUUUAGUUGCAGACAUUUAUGUUUGAGGUGAGAGAAGUCAAUUUCAAGAAGUCAGUGAACUCUAACCCUAACCUUGUUAUAGGAAGGAUCCAACGUCUCUGACCCAGUCCAGAUGGGAAAGUUUUAUAUAUAUAUACAUAUUCUGGUCAUGACAUCAGUUGUUCCACUGUAUUGAGAGAACUGCAUCACUUCUCAGCUAAAUCCAUAUUUAUAUCCAAACACAAGUGAAGCUCAUCCUGUCUGUAGUUUGAUAAAUAUAUUGGUUUGUAUUAGGGCUGUUUGUCUCCUGAAAACAUCAGCAAACAGCAAAGAGGUCGACACCUGCAGCCAAAGGGAUCAGUUAUCUAAACCCUGAUACGGACUUUGUGCUGUUGUUAUCUGUUUAUGGUGAGUAAGUCUGGAGAGCUCCUUUUUUAUUUCUCAUAUUCUGAACUUUAUGUUGUCAAAGCCUGAUAACCCUCCCUCUUCUUCCUGCUCUCAAACACAGCCAGCUCCACUCUGUUCAGGUAUUUCCUUGUUCCCUCCCCUUCAGAUCUACAGUUUGAAGAUGGGUGGAACCCAUUUCAGUUCUCACGAAGUGAAACUCAGACAGUCGUUGACACUGAGAGGUGACAUGGCGCAGAAAGGAGUUCAGUUGGACCGGGAGACCUUCUCUUGUUCCGUCUGUCUGGAUCUACUGAAGGAUCCGGUGACUAUUCCCUGUGGACACAGCUACUGCAUCAGCUGUAUUAAAAGCUUCUGGGAUGAAGAGGAUCAGAAGAGAAUCCACAGCUGCCCUCAGUGUAGGCAGACCUUCACACCGAGGCCUGUCCUGGUGAAAAACACCAUGUUAGCGGUUUUAGUGGAGGAGCUGAAGAAGACUGGACUCCAAGCUGCUCCUGCUGAUCACUGCUAUGCUGGACCUGAAGAUGUGGCCUGUGAUGUCUGCAAUGGGAGAAAACUGAAAGCUGUGAAAUCCUGUCUGGUUUGUCUGGCCUCUUACUGUGAGCAACACCUGCAGCCUCAUCAUGAUGUAGCUCCAUUAAAGAAACACAAGCUGGUGGAGCCCUCCAAGAAGCUCCAGGAGAACAUCUGCUCUCGUCAUGAUGAGGUGAUGAAGAUGUUCUGCCGCACUGAUCAGCAGUGUAUCUGUUAUCUCUGCUCUGUGGAUGAACAUAAAGGCCACGACACAGUCUCAGCUGCAGCAGAAAGGACUGAGAGGCAGAGAGAGCUCCAGCUGAGUCGACAACAAAUCCAGCAGAGAAUCCAGGACAGAGAUAAAGAUGUGAAGGUGCUUCAACAGGAGGUGAAGGCCAUCAAUGGCUCUGCUGAUAAAGCAGUGGAGGACAGUGGGAAGAUCUUCACUGAGCUGAUCCGUCUCAUGGAGAAAAGAAGCUCUGAUGUGAAGCAGCAGAUCAGAUCCCAGCAGAACACUGAAGUGAGUCGAGUCAAAGAGCUUCAGGAGAAGCUGCAGCAGGAGAUCACUGAGCUGAAGAGGAAAGACGCUGAGCUGAUGCAGCUCUCACACACAGAGGAUCACAACCAGUUUCUACACAACUACCCCUCACUGUCACGACUCAGCGAAUCUACAGACUCAUCCAGCAUCAAUAUCCGUCCUCUGAGAUACUUUGAGGACGUGACAGCAGCUGUGUCACAGCUCAGAGAGAAACUACAGGACAUUCUGAGAGACACAUGGACAAACAUCUCACUGACACUGACUGAAGUGGAUGUUUUACUGUCACAACCAGAGCCCAGGACCAGAGCUGACUUCUUAAAAUAUUCACAGGAAAUCACACUGGAUCCAAACACAGCACACACACAUCUGUUAUUAUCUGAGGGAAACAGAAAAGCAACAUUAAUGAAUCAACAACAGUCUUAUUCUAUUCACCCAGACAGAUUCACUUCAUAUCGGCAGGUCCUGAGUAGAGAGAGACUGACUGGACGUUGUUACUGGGAGGUGGAGAGGAGAGGAGAAAGAGUUUCUGUAGCAGUCGCAUACAAGAAUAUCAGCAGAGCAGGGAGCUCACAGGAAUGUGAAUUUGGAUACAAUUGCCAAUCAUUUGCGUUAGAUUGUUUUUCAUUAUGGUCCAACAACAUCAGCACUCCAGUCUCAGGUCCUCGGUCCUCCAGAGUAGGAGUGUACCUGGAUCACAGAGCAGGUGUUCUGUCCUUCUACAGCGUCUCUGAAACCAUGACUCUCCUCCACAGAGUCCAGACCACAUUCACUCAGCCUCUCUAUGCUGGACUUCGGUUUUACUAUUAUGAAGACACAGCAGAGUUGUGUAAACUGAAAUAGACAGAAGUGAGUUCAAAUGUGUGUUUGAGUUCCUAAAUGUAUUUUGUGUCUUUGUGUUUGUUGCUGAGUCAUCGUCAGCACUUUGACCUCUUCUGGUUUCUUGUUGUGUUGAUGUUGGAGUUUCUUUAGGUGGAGCUGGAGCCAUGGAGGAUUUCACUGCUCAGGAACAUUUGUGUUGAUGUGUUUGUCUGUUGUUGUUUGGGCCUUAACAGAGAAAUCACCAGACCUUCCUUUAUCACAGAUGUGUUGUUCUCACUGUGUAAAGACAGAAAUCUAUAAUUACAUUUACAUUUCUGUGUUUGUCAGAUCAAAUGUUGUUGUUGUUUAAAUCCACUUACAAAUAAGAUGUGAGGUUUUAUCAAACUGUAACUAUCAUGAUAAUAAUCAGUGAGGAGAUGAUUCAUUAUUUUCUUUUCCCUCUCUGAGAUUCAGGUGAAACAAACUGAAUGUGUGGAUGAAGUGAAUCUGUUCAUGAAAUCACUGAACGAGAGUCAUUGAACAGACUUUACUGACUCAGUGUGUGAACAAACUGAAGCUUCACGUCAUGAAUAAAGUUGAUUUUCCUCAAGAAUCAAUCAAACGUUUUCCUCUGUCUUCUUU